AUGAAGUUUUGCGAAAACUUUGACCCCGAGAAGGAUAUUCCCAGUCUAUCCGGGAAAAUCAUCCUUAUCACUGGUGGUACCGCGGGCGUGGGCAAAGCGACAAUCCUCGCUCUUGCCAAGCAUGGGCCCGACCAUAUAUACUUCACCGGGCGCAACGCCAGGAGUGCCGAGGAAGUAGUAAAUGAAGUCGCAACAGCGUCGCCUCGCGUCAAGACUACCUUCGUCCAAUGCGACCUCUCGUCCCUCGCAUCGGUUAAUGAAGCUGCUAAGCAGCUCCGCCUUCAGCGUCUUGACGUCCUCAUCGCGAAUGCGGGUAUAAAGGCCGAGACACCAGCUCUGUCCAAAAAUGGAUACGAAGUACACUUCGCCACGCACCAUCUUGGGCACGCACUCUUUAUCAAGCAUCUCUUGCCCAUCAUGCUUCAGACGGCCCAACAACCUGGCGCUGAUGUGCGGAUCGUCCUAGUCACCUCAUUGGGAUACCGGCUCCAUCCCAACGAGGGUAUCGUUUUCAACGAUCUCAAGACUCCACAAGAGGGUCUUGGCUUCAACGGAUGGAGGGCAUACGGCCAGAGCAAACUAGCCAACGUUCUCUAUGCAGUCGAGGUCUCCAGGCGAUAUCCGGAAAUCACCAGUGUCUCGGUGCACCCUGGCGUCGUCGGUACGGAUAUGGUCGCGAAUCUGUCUUUCGUCCAGAGAGCCAUAAUCUAUGUCACGAACCUUGGAAGAAUUUUGACACCUGAGGAAGGUGCAUAUAAUCAACUGUGGGCCGCUACGCACAAGAAGGAGGAUAUAGUGAACGGUGAAUUCUACGAACCAGUUGGCAAGCCUGGCCGACGCGACAAACUAUCCAAGGACCAGAAUGUGGCCAAGAAACUGUGGGAAUGGACAGAAGCUCAAUUGGCGGCUGUCUGA